CGAAAACGACCCGGUCCACAUUUGUUGUGAUUUGAGUUGAAGACAUCGGCGGGAAGAGAUCCAACGUUUAUAUCCAGUGAUUUUUUUUACUUUGCUUUAUUAUCUGAUAUCUCCAGUCCUAUUUGCAAAAUGUACACUCCAGUCUCAGACCGAGGAGGGGGAGGGGCAGUCAAUACUUCCUUCACAUCUGCGAGUGCAAGAGCAGCAGCAGCAGCUGCUGCACGUAGACGCAGUGCAGUUGGCUUCAAUACCAGUGCGAGGCGAUCACCAUUUACAACACCAGGUCGCUCCACGCCUCUCAACCGCUCUCUGCAAGCAUCCCAGCUCAUGGAAGGCAGUGGCCAGUAUACUCUUGAAAGUUAUGGAGCAUCCUUGCCGGCUCUGGUAAUGGAGGCACUGACAUUUGCUGACCGAAAUGUGGAGAUGUCAGCAGUUUUAUCACAGUGUGGUUGGGCAUGGCUUGUGUGUGGCCGUCGUCUCUUAGUGUGGAGGUAUAAAGUAGAUGACUCACGACGCCUUGUCAACCACCAGUUCCGGGAACUUACUUUGCCUCCAUCAGACUUAGCACACAGAGCCCAGCUGGUGGUUGUAUAUGCAGCAAAUGAAGGCCAGGUACCGGCUUGUGUAGCAGCAUCACCCGAGGGGUUUGUCAGAUUCUGGCCCAGUAUUGCACAUGAAGGCUCAUAUUUUGAAGUCAGCACUGAACUACAGGGUCAAGAGUGUGACAGCCUGGUGUUCCUGGGAUCAUCCUUAGGGUGUCUGCUGGCCACAACCACAUCCACCACCCUGCUUAUCCAGCCAGGCCAAGGCUCAGGUGGAAACCAGACCAUUAAUGUGAGGCAGUUGAAGGUUCCUGCUGGGCUCUUAGGGGGUAUCUCACGCAGAGUUUCCUCACUAGUGUUUGGAUCCAUGCCCACGCAAGCUCCAGAAGCGCGCUUGGUCCGUGCAGUAGCAGUUCCUGGUGCAGAGUCGGAUGAACGUUCAGUGCUGGUGCUCUCAGCCAACUCCUUGCAGAAGUGGUACCUAAUCCCUAAUGAACCUGACAAGCUUGUUUAUGAGUGUAAUGUUGAGAAAUACAUCAGAGAAGGAUUUGUUGAUCAUGUUUGGGGCCGUGAGAGAGCAGGAGCGACACAGUUGAGGGUGUGGUUAGUUGACAUGCAGCCGACCUCAGGGGUGUCAUCGGUCAUGGUUCUGACAGCAGCAGUUAACCCACAGGUCUCACAGCAGUUGGUUUAUGCCCUUGCCACAAUGGAUACUGGUGGCUCAGCUCCACCCCUAGCAGUCGGCAAUUUCUCGGUAUUAAAGCAUUCUGAAUAUUAUCAAGACUCUGCGGAGAAUGUGCUCCUCUCACAGCGCUUCCUUCUUUGUGCAAACACAGCAUAUAUCUACAACAAGAAUACAGUCCUCUGUGUCUCAGCUGUAGGCGAAGGGGACAGUGGGGAUCGGGUGGAGUUCUCUGGAGCAGGGGAUAGUAUCCUGGGUGUUGGACGAUCGCAAGGCUUGCCCCUCUUCUUCUCUGCAAACCAUGGCAUUGUGUCCAUCGCACCCAGUCAGCACCUGAAUCAGUCAAGCAUGUUGUUGAACGAGAGUGUGGCUGAAGACACCUCUCGGCUUUGUGAGGCUCUCAACAUCAGCAGUGUGGGCCUGGAAGCUAUCACAGCCAGCCAGGAUCAAACAGCCCGACUCCAGGCAGCCUUCCUGCAUUUCAACAAGAACAACAUCCCACAGGCUCAGGCUCUUCUGGAUGAACUAUUCCCAGGGGCAGACAACUCCACUUUAGAUGCUACCGUCAUCAGCCUUUCAACCAAUCUGCUGGAUGAUUCUCCGGCAACAGAUCCUCGUUGGGCUGAGAGCAAUGAGGCAGGUGGCACAGGUGCUCCGAUGUCUCUCAUUUUACAGAAUCAGCUGAGAGACAAGACAACAGCUCAUCAGUACUACAUUAACUUUUUGCACCAGACUGGACUAUGGCAGCGUUUAAGUGUUGGUCAGGUAGAAGAAACCAGAGUCCUUACUCGAGUAUUGCUUGCAGAACAUGCAGAGCAAUUAGCUUUUGCAACAUCUCUACGCACAAGACAUAAUGACCAUCAGCAUCUCAUUGAUGCUGCCAUUAGGCAUGUUCUAAAUGAGCGAGGAGAGACUCCAAAAGGGAAACUGACCCAUGCAGACCUCUUUUAUCGCCGUGUAAGCCAGAUUGAAGAUAUCAUCUGGGGAUUGUUACGUGCACAAGAGGAGGUCUUGGCUGCUGAUGUUGCACCUCGUGAUGCUCCAGCCACUAUUCACUCAGUAAAUAGCCUUGUCUUAGCAUUGCUACAAAGUGCCAGGGUAGGCAGUGCAUCUAUUUCUGGGAUCACAGGGACUGCUAAUGAUCCUCCACUUGAACACAUACCCUGGACUGCCACCCAGGGUUCUCGUGGCGUGCGAACCCUUCUGCUGGAGCAACACAAUACCACAGUGGAGGUUGGCCUAGCAAGAGCUGAGGAUGGAGCCACCCGAGCUAAACUUUACACACAGAUGGUUGACCUUGCCGAUUGCAUUCUUACUGGAUACCAGCCACAACUUCGCUCUCUUGUAUCUGUUAGCCACGACUUGCACCAGUCCCUUCUGCGCUCAUAUGAGAGGGACCGCUACAAUUUGAUUCAACCUCUUGUACAAGGUGAGCAGUACGAUCAAGCAGUUGGACUUGCUGAGAAGUACUGUGACUUCCGCACGCUGGUAGAAGUCUGCGAUCGUACCGACAACCAAGAAAGACUGAGCCAGUACAUGACGCAGUUUGGCUCUGAGGGUUUCUCGGACUUUGUGUUCCGUUGGUACUUGGAGACUGGUAAACGAGGUCGCUUGCUGAGCCAUGGUGACCAAGGGGGCCUUUCUCGCUUCUUGCAAGACUACACUUCCCUUGCAUGGUUGCACCAGAUCCAAACUAGAGAUUUUUCAUCUGCUUCCACCACUCUACGUCAACUUGGUUUGGAUGAGAUGACUUACCUUAGCAGAAAGAAGACAUUGUUAAGCCUAAGUAAAUUAUGCAACCUGGCUGCUAAUGUGCCAGGCAGCGCAGAUACAAGUGUGAUGGAGGAUGACACUAUGACCUUAGAAGAGGAACUCAUUCUGUACCAAGAGCAGUUGCCUGAACCAGUCCUCAAUGCGCACUCCCUUGAGGCUGAUACCAUGAGGGUCCUGUCACCUACUGAGCUUGUUCAUCUCUAUACUGGAGAUGAAAACACCUAUGCCAAUGAGUUUGACUUCAAGAAGGCCUUAGAUUUGCUUGCCUUUGUACCUGGAGAAGAAAUUCCAGAGCUGAAGAAAGACAUCUGGGUGCGUGCUGUGCUUCGCAACUCCUGGCAUCACAUGGACACAGAUAAUCCUCUAGAAGCAAUCAGUGACACGUUGCUUUUCAAGACUAUAGAGCUGGCAUUCACACAAGGGACUGACAUAAAGGAACUGCUACUCCCCGCUGAAGAAUUGCUUGAGUGCGAAGAACUGGGCGACCUCAAGGAAGAUGCCACAUUCAAGUUCCUGGUGAAUGCUGGCUAUGAGAAGAUCAGUCAGCUGGUUGGGUAGAUUUAUUUGCAAGAGAAAGAAAGAAAGAAAGGAAACUCAAAUCAUGAUGUGGUCAUGAACUUUGGAACUGUGAUAAGUCUGGAAAAGGAUAAAUGAUAGAGCUCGUUCUAGUGGCAUUUCUCUACAUGUAUCAGCCUGGUCAGGGAGAACAUGAUUUCCUGGUGUUAUUUAAGAGUGUGAGUGUUGGCUUUAUAUACAAAGUAAAGAUUAAAGUCAAUGUUCAAGGAUUAUGUGAGUUCAGGUACUAGAAGCAUUUUGAAGUUUGUGCAUGAAAUAUAAGGUACUCCCUUUUUUAUACUUUUAGUUACUGUUUUAUUUAAGAUACAUGGAAGUACUGAUCCAUUUUAUGGUCUGCUGUACCUGAGUUUCGAAAUGUUACUGCCAUAUGUAAUGUAUUUUUUCUUUACAAUGAUCUUUUUUUCAAAAUGUAGAAAUACUGACUGUUAUUAACCUUUGCUUGUACAGGGAAUUAGUGCAUACCUAGUUCCAAAUAAAACUGAAAGAAGAGUUAUUUAAA